AUGGAGUGGUACAUCGCGGCCGGUUUUAACUUUGAGAAAAUGCCAAUGUAUAAUUGCCGCGCGGUUCCCACCACCGAAGCCGAGUGGUACGCAAAGGGCCGUCGGAGCCCAAUUCUCGGGGCUUUAUUCUUGCUAUAUGGUGUUAUUGUUGAGUUAAUGUACAUCCCGUGCCUGCUCGUAAUUACACGACCGCAAUUUGCAAAAUUGAGUUGCUAUAAGAUCAUGGCCAUACUCGGUCUCAUCGAUAUGGCAGCUAUAAGACUGUGGUGUAGCGCUUGUAUGUCGUGCUUAAUUUUGGUGAUCAACCGGCUGGUCGACAUGUGGAAGCCGCACAUGAUGGACCCAAUUUUUGGAGGAAAACGUACCUACUACGUCAUGCUCUUCCCCAUCCUCUACGGUGUCUAUUUUGUCUUCUUCACCCCACCCCUGAUUUUCCAAUCCAACCACACGGCUUGGUUCUUCUCACCCGCUAUUUUUGAGGAGAGCAGGGAUGCUGAGUACCUUAACUACCCUCAUACCGCAAAUAACCUUCUGAUCGUUGUGGCGACUUGCUGGCUGUACACGGCGCUUUGCUAUGUUCUGGCCAGCAAAUUCAAGACUGACGAGUCAGCGUCCAAGAUGUCGUGGACCCAGAAAUCGAUCUUCAUCCAAGCCACCCUUAUCUGCCUGGCAAACUUGAUCGCGGCUCUGAUUUAUGUUUACAUGCAGUUCUUCCCCACGCCCGACUUCUUCAUCCUGAUCGGCCAUAUCAACUGGCAGUGGGGCCAUGGGUUCCCGGCCAUCGUAUACCUCGCCCUGAAUAAGACGAUUCAGAGAGAAGUGGGCCGAAUGCUCGGGCUGUACCGGAUGGGCAUCAUCAAACCAUCCAUUACGCCUUCUACGCACCAGAACCAUGAUCAUACUUCGUCGAUUCAUAUU